UAUAUUAUAUAUUUACAUUUAUUUAUAUUUAUAUACAUACAUUUAUUUAUAAUACAAUACAUUAUAAUAUACCGUAGAUAUACAAAUUAAUUAAAAAAUAUAUAACUUCCAUUCAUUGUUUUCAAAAGUUUUCCCCGAGAAAAAGUUCCAUUAACUUUCGAUCCAUCUUUUUUCGACGGAGGAUCCAUCCGACUUAGGAGUGCGGCGAAAUUCCAAAGUUCAGGAAACGAGGAACGAUUUGAGAACCGUCGCUUUAAAGCCCCACUUAUCGAGCGCCUAGUUGGUAUGAUAAUGUAAUAAAAUAAAUGGAGGUUGCUGUUUCCGAGCGAUAUGGACUCUCGCUUUAUCCCGUUUCCGCCGCAAAUCUCUUUCUUCCUCUACUCCACACCACCCUCCUCCGCCUUUCCUCGUCGCACACCGCCACUUUCGACUCCUCCAUCUCGUUCCCGUCGACUCGAGUCACUCGCUCUCCGCCUCACUUCGGCUCGCUCAGUUUCAUUUCCUCCCUCCUCCUCGUCUCCUGGACCCUGGAGGGGUUGGCACGGGGAAUCGAGAAGGUAGAAGGGAAUGGAGCUCACCUCGAAAGCGAAAUACAACAAGUCCCGCCGCCAUUGCUGGGUCACCCUUCAACGGGAGUUUUGUCGUUGCGUGGGAGGGAGUUUGACAGCCCUGUGCGACGAGUCAUCCCCUUUCGACCCCAACGUUCCGCUCGGUGGGGAUGAGAGAGGGAGAAAGAGAGAGAGAGAGACGGAGAAGGAGCCUCUGUUUCAUACACUCUCUCUGUUUCAUAAGAGAAAUUGAGAAUGAGACGGAUAUAUUAUACGUAGAUAAAGAAGAAGGGGGAUAAAAAGAGGUGAGGGGGAGUAGCUUGGGAAUAGAUGGAAAAGGAAAAGAGGAAGGUUGGUUCGUCGAAGAGAGGAUAUCGUGGAGGAAAGGAGAAAAGAGAUUGAGGGUAUGAGGCGGAGAGUAUAUUUAUAGGGAGGGAAGCGAGUCGAAGAAGGAAAAAGAAAGCGGGAUGAAGAGUGAUACACGUAUAAAUAUAUAUAUAUAAAGGGUGAAGGUGGAAGAAGGAAGGGAGAGAGGUCGAAAACUCCGCCCCUGCAUCCGCAAAAGCGAGUCAAUACCAUGACCAGCCAUUUCUCCUCCGAAUGCUCUCACAGGCAUAACCCUGCCGGUUUUUCAACCCCUUUCUCUCUGCGCUCUCGAACCGAGAUAUCGAAAUUCGUUACGUGCCGUAGCGUGAGGACGCUCGACUUGAAAGUUGGCGGCGUCACGAAGCAAACGCGUGUUUUAGGAAUCGAUCCCCGGAUAUGGACCGGACGGAAUUGAAUUCUGAAACAAUUUCAGAGUAUCUAAAACAAAAUCUCUGAACGAAAAGACCGCCGCCAUCCUGUCACCUACCACGAAGACCGCCCCUGAGGGCAAGAUCAAUGCAUCGACUUCCGUGUCAUCAUCCAAGAUGGCGAUUCCGAACAGCAGAAAUUUCGCCAAUUGUUACAUGGAACUGUGCAAACAGCAACGUCUGCGACCUCUGCCGGUCAUCUGCGUGACACUUCCCCAUAGUCUAGACUUCACCACCGACCGUGUAAAAAUGGACGAUUGGGGUCCCAUAUUAAAUUCUCUGUCUCUCGAUCGUAGCCUACGAUCGAUCAGCGUUCGCAGCAGGUAUCAAUGUCGCAAACCUUUGGAGGAGAUCAAUUCGGAAGACAAGGCCAGAACGAUGGGCAAAGCACCUGUCGUCUUGUCUCGAUAUCUUCUGGAAUGGCUGUCCCAUAGCGUAGCUCAAUGCGUCAGAAAUUCCCCGGUUCUCACCAAUUUGGAGCUGGAAGGAAUUCCAUUUCCGCCAGAUUGUUUGGCCGUUCUGUGCGUGGGUUUGUCCCACACGCACACCCUUCAUUAUUUGUCUCUGCAGCGUUGUUACAUCGGUGAUAGUUCUUGCGAGGUGUUGUGUCGUACGGUGGCGGAUGUUCCGAGUGUCAGAUCGUUGAACCUCAGUUACUGCGACUUGACGUGCAAAUGCGGCCCGGCUCUAGCGGCCGCCUUGUGCAGACAGAAGCUGUUACUUUAUCACGACACUUGGAAACAGUCGCUCAGAUAUCAGGAACCGAAUCUCGAGGCUAUGCCCGGAUUACGUCGUUUGACGUUGAACGAUAAUCCUCAACUCGGCGACGCGGCCAUAAUGGAGCUGAUCGAGGCGGUGAGGGAUAGUCUUUGGUUGAAGGCGUUGGAUCUGCAACGGUGCGGAUUGACCGACAAGAUCGGUAAGGAUCUUCUCGAACUGCUGGACCACAACACUACUCUGAGCAUCCUGGACGUGAGGCAGAACGUGAACCUGAACGAGGCGUUGGUGAACGAGGUGAUCAAGAGGCUGGAGGAGAACAACGGUGACUCGAAGACCGAGUAUAGGUGGUUGGGUUUGCCGCAGCACGAUCGAAGAGUGGUGUCGGCAGGGAGUGGAAACAGGAACGAGAACGAGGAUCACAGGAAACCUCCGAUCAGGCCGCGCAGCACCGAGUACAACAAAGGGCCGUAUGCAGCUAGGAGAAUGAUUAAUCAAAGUAACGCGAGGAAAACGAAGAUGAGACCUCACGUUCCACCGUACAAGACUACUAGACAACUUCAGCAACAGGAGCAACAGCACAUCGUCCAAAACGGUCAGCCCAAGUCGAAAAUCUCGCUUCAUCUGGAUCUACAGUCUCACAUACAGCCUGUGAUGGGGGAGGGCCAGAAUAACGUUCCAUCCUACGUGGACAGUAUUCAGGCUGACACCGACAGGUCUUCGUCGAAGAAUCUGGAAGUCAUAAAAAUCGACGUUGGCGUGCAAGUGGAAGACGAAGAAAUGGAGAAUUCCACUAAGAUUCAGAAGAUCCAGUUCCAAUUGAGCGAAGCGAAGGCUGAACACGAUCGGCUGAUCGAAGAGGCUAGACGUAGCGGUAUAAUGCUAGCGGACGAGCGAGGAAGACGCGAAGCCGCCGAGGAGCAGUUGAACGCGAUGAAAGGCAAUCUGACAGAGCUGGAGAACGCUCUGGAAGAGAAGGAGCGGGAAACGAGCGGAUAUCUAUUGCUCAGUCAGCAGUCUUUGGAGGAGAUUUGCAGUUCCUUUGAUAGAUUGCUGAACAUGUUGGACAACAUGACGAAAAAUCCGAAUACUAAUAGAAGGGAGAGUACCGAGGCUGCCAUUGUGAGGGCGGACAUAAAGAGACGGGUCGCCUCUGUGAUCAGGGAGACGAAAUCGGAGAAUCUGAGGCGAGGAUUCAUCAUCGACGACGACGAUUCGAUCCGGUACACGGAGCCUAUCAAGAAGUUUGCCAAGUCGGAGAGCGACAUGAGAUCCGCUUUGCCACCGAUUUCCACGUUGCAUCUGGAGAGAAAUAUAGGGGACAGUCCGGAUAUCGGUUCGCCCACUUUGCAAAGGGUCUUGCUUCACGAGAAGGACUCGUUGUCUCCCAGAGCUAGGGCCAGGGCGCUGUUCGCUCAGAUAAUUCAAGGGAACGCUGUGCUUGACUUUUGCACUCAUAUCGAUUAGUAAAUUGGGAGUAGCUGAAGAUUCAGGGACGAGGUUUGUAAGGUGUACAAGCGCGUAGCUUUUUAUAGAAAUAAUAUAGGUAGAUAAAUACACGGAACGAAGAAAAGGAACAAGUAUUCAGUGCGUCGUACGUUGACCCUGAUUCAUUGAAAUAUCUUAUAAGCUGAAGCUGCGAUUGAUUGCUGGGAAACGAAAUUAAGAAAUACAGUAGAUAAAUAAAAAAAAAAGAGAAAAUAUCGAAAGAAACGUUUUGGAAGAAGAAAAUUUCGAGAAAAUUGAAGCGUCGUGGUUCGCUCUUCGAAUUGCAUGGAUUAAUAAGCGUCGAAUUGAAGCAAGUUCGACGAUGGUUUCUAUGCAAUUGAAAAUAUAUCGUUAAUAUAUAACGCGAGAAGUCGCGUUGGGAUCGUUUUGUAAUCGCCACGGUUUUUCUUAGCUUCGUAAUUGUAAAUGGAAUAAACAGCUUUCAUCCUUCUCAAUGAGCAUCACUUCGUUCGUGAAACACGUGUGUAGUAUAAUUAGUUUGUAUGGAAGUUUAUUUCGUCCGAGUAGCUAUAGCAUCGAUGUUAUUCCUCUUGUUCUCGUUCUCCUUUCCAUGAAAUUUUCUCCGAUACGUGAGCCAGGCUUCCAACACAAUGAUAGAAGGUUAAUAUACGAAUAAAGCCCGAUCGGGCUUAUGCAAUUUCAAUAAUCGAUCCGGAAAUAAUCAUGGAUAAGAAAGGAUGAAACGUCUCGUUAAAUUGCACGAGACAUUUUGUUAGAAACUAUUGUACGUUGCCACUGGUACUUUACGUAUUUAUUACAAAUACGUAGCUAAUAUAAUUUAUCGAGAUAAUUUAAUCCAAAUUCUCUCAGGACAGUGAUAGAAAUAUCCUUUUUCUUUCUUUUUCUUUUUUUAAAUUGUACACAUGAUAAAACUUUUCAUUCGUUCAGCUAAAUGUAGUCGAGUCGAUUAUUAUUUUAUAUAUAUCUCAAAAGAUUCGAACGGCCUGAUAAUUAUAAAUUAUAAAUUUCGUCUCAAGCAUAUUUAAUUUGUCAACGAUUUAAUGUAAUCACAAAGUAACCAUCAAAAAAUAAAGGAUUAAAUACACACGAAAGAAAUGGAAUCAUUGAUAAAAAAAAAACAAAGAUUAAAUCAAGGAUAAAAAGCGAUAACGGUAAACUCGGGCAUUCGUGUGAAAGCCUGCACGCGGAGAAAAGAAGGCGUAAUUUCCAGAAAGCUCCGGGUAUCGACGCCGAGCACGCUCGCUGUCGCUUUUAACGUUCACCCCUUGGCACUCUAUGGAUUUUCCAUUAGUUCCAACCUGAGUACUCGGUUACCUGAAAAACGGUCAGCCACGGGCUACUAGUCAAAGGUAAUUUUUCAUGAUAGAUCACGCUCGGCGUGGCGUGUUGCGAGCGCGCUUGCUCACGACGGCGAAAAGUAUGCUGCUCUCCAGCAGAAGAUCAAACGUGCCAACAACGUCGUCCACUCUCUUGCUCUUAUCGUUGUUGCUCCCGAUGAAUCGACGAUUAUCGAUCGCGAAAACCCUCUCAACGUUACCUUUAAUCCUCCCCUCAACUGACCACCUGGAUCCGCUCGACGAUUCAUCGCGUCUUUGCGUCACCUAAAUACGCGCUUAAGUGGGAUCCAACGCGUGAAAUGAAUCUUGAGCGUUGUUCGAAGAAGUGGAGCAAGGAUCUUCUUAAUAAACACGAUUAUUUUUUGUGUUUUUGCAAGAAGAAUUUUCAAUUUUUUUUAUGAAUUACAGGCUGUUGGAGAAUUGAUCAUUGAGCGUAACUACUU